AUGGCCUCUGAAGCUGAACGGCCCCUGAAGGGCAUCCUGAAGACGGGCGCCAGCAGAGCCGACGACGCCAGCGGCACCGUGGCCACGCACAGCCGCCGCCAGCGCACCGAGGAGGACAAUGCCGAGAUUGCGGGCAAGCACGCGGCCAUUCUGCAGCAGCGCCGCGACCUCGAGGCGGCCAUCUUCCUGGAUAUUGACCGGCUGACGGCGUUUCCGCUCGUGCGCACGCCGUCGUACUCCUCAGCACGGCCGGCACCUUCGGACGCCGCCGCCUUCCGGCAGCUCGUGCGCACGUUCCAGCCCGGCGACUACGACGACCUGAUCGAAGAGCGUAACACCUGCGGCCUUUGCGGAUAUGCCCUGUGCGCCAACCCACGCAAGACCUUUGCCGGCCGCGGCUCCUGGAAACUCGCCCACGGCGGCAUCAUGCCCAAGGGCGAGCUGGAGCGCUGGUGCUCGGCUGCCUGUGCCCGCCGCGCCCUCUACAUCAAGGUCCAGCUCAACGAGACGGCCGCCUGGGAGCGCGUCGGCAUCCCCGACAUUGAGGUCGAUCUGUACGAGGACGACCAGGACGACAGCAGCACGACCCUGUCGGGGCCAGACCCUGAGGCCCAGCUCGCCCAGGACCUCGCCCGUCUGAAGCUGCACGAGGAGCGGCGCCUCGCCCAGAGCCAGGCGGCCCUGGCCCUCGAGCGCGGCGACACGUCCUCGCUGCCCUCCACCGAUCCCGAAGUCGCGGCCGCCCAGGCCCGGAUCCAGCCUACGGUGGCAUCCGUGGACGUCAACAUUAUCGAGAAACCAAUCACUUCCGCUCCCGUCGAGCCGACGCUGGCUAACAGCAACACAUCCGACGAUGCUCACAUGCUACUCGAGGGCCACAAGAUCAGGUUUGCAACGAAAUAG